AUGACACGGACCGUUCCCGUGAAUGAUACGUCGGACGAGGAAUAUGCCUUGUGUCAUACUGCUGCUGUAGAGGCACUCCUUCAAUCUGUGGACCAGGAGGGGAUCAAAUCCAUCUUCGGUAUCGCCACCUUUGCCUUCAUCGACGUCUACAAGGAACCCUUCGCAGCCUGGUCACAGCACCUGAGAGGAGCCAGGGCGGUUCUCGACCUGCAUAGCCCACCACCUGAACGUUUUGCAGAGCUCUGCUCCGAAAUUAAUGGUCUUCAGGAGGUUGUAUCCCUUCUUUGCUGGUACGAUACUACCGGGUUGAUGAUUAGGCGAGAUCGAGGAUUAAUUUUUGAGGAUUGGCAUCGAGAGUUUAUGGACAAUAACCUGUUUGAGCUUGUGGGAUGUCCCAAGGACGUAUUUCAAUUAUACACAACAAUCACGAAGGAGGGCUUCGAAUGCGAAUCGAGGCAUCCUGACUUGUACGUUGCUGCAACGAAACAGCUGCUCAAGGCAUCACGCGGUAGUCACGAUCACGAAGACCUUCUGCGGGGCGCUUGGAGAUACUCCAGGGUAAUGGCCAUCUAUGAAGCGGAGUCAAGUGUGAAAAAGACCAGCUUUGAAGCUAUCAUGCAUGAACUGGCAGACCGGAUCUGCGACAUCCUACAGGCUAUACCGACGAAAUCGGCGAAGUAUCGUCAUUUGCCAUUUGCUGCUUUCAUGGUUGGCCGUCUUUCCCAGUCUUCUGAUCAUUCUAAGACUGCCCAAAGGUACUGGGAGAUAUGCAAUUCUCUGGAGGAUCCAAUAUACCCCAGCGGCGAGCGUAUGUCUAGGAUUGAUCAUUAGGUCUACGUAGCCCUUUUAGGUAGCUGUAGAGGUAAUUGGUAUCAGCUUACGGU